CGCCGGGUGGCGGCGCUGAGGGCUCGCCGAGAGGAGCUCCGCGGCGUCUGUUGGAGCCGUUCCCUCGGUGGGCCGCCGGCGAGGGCAUGAGCGCCGACCGCCCGUGCCUCAGGAGCGGCGGCGGCGGGAGCGGCGAGGGGAGGAGGCGCCGCGGAGAGGCCACCGUCCAGGGCAGCGCCGGGGGACAGCAGGGCAGGAAAUGUGCCUGUGCUUAGCGGCUCAGGAGGCAGCAUGCACCCCGAUGCCACCGACAGCAGCGGCGCCGGCCUCAACCUCGCGCCGGCCGCAGCCGCCGGCGGCCGCCCUGACUCCGGCGCCCCGGGCGAGCGCCGGCCGGACCCCCGGGAAGACGCGGCGGCGCCGGGGGCUCCUGGCGGCGGGAGCUGGCGAGUGCCAGUGGCCGUGGCCGCACUCGCCGCCGUGUGCCUCUCCUGGCUGGGGCCCGGUUGCUGGCAGGCGACCGGAGGCGCGGGGCCGUGCACCGUUCUGCUCAGGCUCUGCCUGUACCUGGGCUGCGCCGCGGCCGCCUUCCUCCUGGGGACCCUGUUCUCCCUCGUCUGCCGGAGCCGGCGAGCCCCUCCGCCCGACUUCGUCGCCGCCUGGAGACGGCUGGCUGCGGCCGCCCGCCGGCCGGGGAGUCCUGUGUAUGGAAACCCACAUGAGUCAGUUCAGUCUAGAAGGGUAGUAAUUUCUCAUAAUAUGGACAAAGCUCUGAAAGAAGUGUUUGACUACAGUUAUAGAGAUUACGUUCUGUCCUGGUAUGGAAAUCUCAGCAGAGAUGAGGGACAGCUUUACCAUCUGCUCUUGGAAGACUUUUGGGAAAUUGCCAGACAGCUGCGUCACAGACUGAGCCACGUGGAUGUGGUUAAAGUCGUCUGCAAUGAUGUUGUGAGGACUUUACUCACUCAUUUCUGUGACCUGAAAGCUGCAAAUGCCAGACAUGAAGAACAACCAAGGCCUUUUGUGUUACAUACAUGCUUGAGGAACUCAUAUGAUGAAGUGAAAUUCCUACAGAUGUGUUCUCGGGUUCUGGUGUUCUGUCUCCUUCCCUCAAAAGAUGUCCAGUCUUUCAGCUUACGUAUAAUGCUUGCAGAAAUACUCACAACAAAAGUCUUGAAGCCAGUAGUGGAGUUACUUAGUAAUCCAGAUUACAUUAACCAGAUGCUACUUGCCCAGCUGGAACGCAGAGAACAGAUGAAUGAACAUCACAAGAGAGCCUACACCUAUGCUCCAUCUUAUGAAGAGUUCAUCAAGCUUAUUAAUAGCAACUCUGAUGUUGAGUUCCUGAAGCAGCUAAGGUAUCAAAUUGUAGUAGAAAUAAUCCAAGCAACUACAAUUAGCAGCUUUCCCCAGCUGAAGAGGCACAAGGGUAAAGAAACUGCUGCAAUGAAAGCUGAUCUCCUAAGGGCCAGGAAUAUGAAAAGGUACAUUAACCAACUGACUGUGGCAAAGAAGCAGUGUGAGAAGAGAAUCCGAAUCCUGGGAGGCCCUGCCUAUGACCAGCAAGACGAGGGGGCCUUGGAUGAGGGAGAAGGGCCUCAAAGCCAGAAGAUUCUUCAGUUUGAAGAUAUCUUGGCCAGUACUUUCUAUCGAGAGCACUUUCGAACGUACAUGGAAAGGAUGGACAAGAGAGCUCUGAUUAGUUUUUGGGAGUCUGUGGAAUAUUUAAAGAGUGCUAACAAGAAUGAAAUUCCUCAAUUAGUUGGCGAAAUUUACCAGAAUUUCUUUGUGGAAAGCAAAGAAAUAUCUGUGGAAAAAUCACUUUACAAAGAAAUCCAGCAGUGUCUUGUAGGAAAUAAAGGUAUUGAAGUGUUCUGCAAAAUCCAGGGAGAUGUUUAUGAGACCCUAAAGGAUAGGUAUUACCCUUCGUUCAUUGUCAGUGACCUGUAUGAGAAGCUGAUGCUGAAAGAGGAAGAGAAAAAUGUCUCCCAGUUGAUUUCCAGCAAGGAUGAACUGGGCCCAGGAAUUGAGGCUGGUGAGGAAGCUGUAGAUGAAGGCACCAGCCGGAUUAAUGAACAAGCCAGUUUUGCUGUAAACAAACUACGAGAACUAAAUGAGAAACUUGAAUAUAAAAGGCAAGCUCUAAAUUCUAUUCAAAAUGCACCAAAACCUGACAAGAAGAUUGUUUUAAAGUUGAAGGAAGAGAUAAUUCUAAUAGAGAAAGAACGCACAGACCUACAGCUGCACAUGGCAAGAACAGAUUGGUGGUGUGAGAACCUCGGAAUGUGGAAAGCCUCCAUCACCAGUGGAGAGGUUACAGAAGAGAAUGGUGAGCAAAUGCCUUGUUACUUUGUUAUGGUAAGCUUACAAGAAGUUGGAGGAGUUGAAACUAAGAACUGGACCGUCCCCAGGAGGCUCAGUGAGUUCCAGAAUUUGCACCGGAAACUUAGUGAGGAACUGCAUCUUCUCUAACUCUCCUCCUCCUGAAGAUGAUGGCCCUCUUCCCUGGCAACUGAAGCACUCUUUGGUCACUUCUUUUGUUUCUGUUCAUUGUUCUCUGGCUCAGAAUGAACGGACACUGGUAAAAUCCUGUGGUCACCUAUUAGAUUGCUCUUCUGCGAAUGAAAUGUGUCUGUUUCCUUUAACCUUUUCUCUGAAGGGGAUUUAAAAAAAAAAAAAAACACUUGUAAUCACUAACUUAUGAAUACUGUAAUUUCUUCAAGUGCUUUUAAAACGAUGGUGGCCAAAGUCAAGCGUCCUGCCCCAGUACUUCUCAAAGGGAAUGCUGUCACAGUUGCAGUGUGGAAAGUGAAAUCUCUGUCUUAAUAAAAAAUUACAUUUUUCCCAAAAUGUGUGAGUAAAAUUGAUCCUACAGAAAAGUGUGUCAUUUGCCCUGUAACAAACCAGUGUGAAAGUUCAGUAUCCAUUCAAUUGCUGAUAAAAACAGAAGGAAGGAGAAAAAGGAAUUUAGGGGAGAUUUUAAAAUAAAAUGUAUAUGGAAAGUGUUCUUUGAAAAAAAAAAACAAGUAGACUGAAGCCUUAGAGGAAAUAAACCUUAUAAAAUUCUAUGUCUGUCCUUUAGUCUCAUUUUCCUUAUCUAUAGCUGAUCCCUGGAGUUCUUUUCUUACCCUUAGAAUUUACUCUCCUGUGACUUUUCAUUUUUGUGUAUGAACCCUUCCUAUUGACAGCAGGGACAAGAAGCACCUUUUCAGGUCCCUGGUGAAUUUUAAUCUUCCCUUCUGACUCUCACUGCCUCUUUCAUUUCUUGAAAAUUGUACCCUAAAUUUGAGCCCUGAUUUGCAUGUCUCCUUGGGCACAUGCCAUUGUACCCCUGAUUCUUCUGUGGGCUCUGUGGGAAGGGCUAGUUUUUCCUUCCCCAGUACCCAAGUACUUGCAUGCAUUGUUACAAGUGACUUCUCUUGCUGUGGCCAGGCCAGCAGGGUACUCCUGUGCGUGGAGGAUGACAACAGCAGUCAAAGCAAUUGCAGGCAGAGGCUGUGUUCACUGACUUUUCAAUGCCAGUUGGUUUCAUUAAGUAUAUUCAUCUGGCCCCAGUGCCUUCAUGAAGGGCCAGUGUUUGGAAAUGGGGGCAGAGUCUGGAGCAUUUGGAACCCACUGCCCUCCUAGGGUCUGAGGUUAGACUGGCAGAGUCCUGUGUGGGAACGGGCAUGAAGAACACAGAAUUUGUGGUCAGAUGGAUCUGGGUUUUAAUCCUGAUCUUUAAUUGUCUCAUAUGUGAAAUCGGAAUAACAAUUGCCAACUCUUCGAGCUGUUAUCACACACGCCGAGCUUCUAGCACAGUGUCUGACAGAAUGUAGGACUGAUCAGUGCACAAAGGGGCUGUUAUUAUUUGUUGAUAUAUUAUUAUUCAUGUACUUGCAUUUUGCAGUUUGCCACUGAAGGACAAUAAUUUUUCUUUCUGUUGUUUUUCCAAAUGGGAUAACUUUUUCACAAAGAUGCUGUAAACAAAGCAUGUUCUAAUAGGAAGAUUUUCUUCCCGUGAGCCAGGCGUCCACACCUAGAGUCUUGUGCUUUGGUGUGUGUUGUGUGAAUCUACCUGAGCAGCCUGGCAUCUGCACUGGCCAGCUCCCAGGCGUUCGGAGUCCUAGGGAUGAGCUUUAGCUCUUUUCAUCAAAUGUCCCAUUCCUCUCAAUUCCAUGAGCCUGAUUAGAACAAGUUGCAAACCUCAGAGGAACAAGUAUAGGAGGAAGGUUGUUUUGUUCUAAUUAUAAUUCUAAACUUUUUUUUUUAACAUGAAAAUAUGAU